GAGCUGUCAAUAACUCCGCGGCCGCCGGGCAGGUUCCUUCUUCCUGUGCUGAGCGGGCAGCUUCUGGGCGCUGCGCCCGACGGAGGAUGGCAAGCGGCGGCAUCUGCUGCGAGAGGCUGGGGCCAGCCCCGCCGUCCUUGGCCAGAUUUAAACUGGGUUAUGGAAUUGUUCAAGACCAAAAAGACAUAAAAAGAACACUUUCUACAUAGUAGACAAAAAAGCACUUUCUUUGUUCCUGUAUAACUAUAAAAUUUGUUGAGAGCUCUGAAGUGAUUAUCAAAACAAUAUUUCCAAAACAGUAUGACUAAUUGUAAAGGAAGAUCUGUCAGCAAGAAAAGAAAUGAUAACGCCUAUAGUGAAGGAGGAUUUGUAAACUGGACUAUAAAUCUAAAUGCAAUUCAGUCUGACAAAUUCUUGAACUUACUGUUGAGCAUGGUUCCAAUUGUUUAUCACAAAACCCAAGAAGAGAGACAUAAGAAAGGAAAUAGUCUCUGGCAAGAUGGAUUGCAGCCAUCAGGACACAAUUUCAGUAUUAGGACUGAUCAACGCAUGGAUUAUCAUCACUUUUCAGAAUCAGCCUAUCAUGGGAGUAAUGGACACAAUUCAUCAAGCUGUAGCCCAAAGUAUGAUAACUUUGCAAGUUACAAUUAUUCAGAUGGGACUGACUCUUCAGAAAUGGAUGCUAUGCUGCAGGAGAACCAUUUACCUAGCGACAAUGAUGAAACUUCUCCCAUUGUGGAAGGAAGUAGAAAACAGCCCAAGGAAUCUAGUAGCAUUAUGGCAUUGCAGAUACUUGUGCCAUUCUUGCUAGCAGGAUUCGGAACAGUGUCCGCAGGGAUGGUUCUAGAUAUUGUUCAGCAUUGGGAAGUGUUCCGAAACAUUACUGAAGUUUUCAUCUUGGUCCCUGCAUUACUUGGCUUGAAGGGUAAUCUGGAAAUGACUCUGGCAUCUCGACUAUCCACAGCAGUAAACGUCGGGAAAAUGGAUUCCCCCAUUGAGAAGUGGAAUCUAAUAAUUGGUAAUUUGGCUUUAAAACAGGUACAAGCAACAGUGGUUGGUUUUUUGGCAGCUGUGGCAGCAGUCAUAUUGGGUUGGAUUCCCGAAGGGAAAUACCAUCUUGAUCACUCGAUUCUUUUGUGUUCUAGCAGUGUAGCGACAGCCUUCAUAGCAUCACUUUUACAGGGCAUAAUAAUGGUUGGUGUUAUUGUUGGCUCUAAGAAGACUGGCAUAAACCCUGACAAUGUUGCCACCCCUAUUGCAGCCAGCUUUGGAGAUCUAAUCACGCUUGCCAUUUUGGCAUGGAUAAGUCAGGGUUUAUAUGAUUGCCUUGAGAGCUAUUAUUAUAUAUCGCCGUUAGUUGGUGCCUUUUUCUUGGCUCUGACUCCUAUGUGGAUUAUAAUUGCUGCUAAGCAUCCAGCUACAAGGACAGUCCUCCAUUCCGGGUGGGAGCCUGUUAUAACUGCAAUGGUCAUUAGCAGUAUUGGUGGCCUUAUUCUGGAUACAACUGUAUCUGAUCCUAAUUUGGUUGGGAUUGUUGUUUAUACUCCAGUAAUCAAUGGGAUUGGUGGUAAUCUAGUAGCAAUUCAAGCCAGCAGAAUUUCGACUUAUUUACAUUUACAUAGUGUUCCUGGAGAAUUACCAGAAGAAGCCAAAGGCUGCUGUUAUCCAUGCAGAACAUUUUGUGGCACAGGAGUAAACAAUAAAUCAGCUCAAGUUCUUCUGCUGUUGGUGAUUCCUGGGCAUUUAAUAUUUUUGUACACGAUUCAUUUAAUGAAAAGUGGUCACACAUCUUUGACACCCAUCUUCAUUGUUGUAUAUUUGUUCACAGCACUUCUACAGGUAUUUAUCUUAUUAUGGAUUGCUGACUGGAUGGUGCACCACAUCUGGAAAAAAGGGAAAGAUCCAGAUAGUUUUUCUAUUCCUUAUCUUACUGCACUUGGAGAUUUUCUUGGAACUGCCUUACUUGCACUGAGUUUUCAUUUCCUGUGGCUGAUUGGGGAUAGGGAUGGAGAUGUAGGAGAUUAAUAAAUUAAUAACACCUAAUUUAUCCCAUUAGUUGAUGUCUCAGAGUAGGGACCACUUGAUUUAGCAUUUCAUAUGAAAUAUAUUAAGAGAGUAGUUGAGUUUCAUUACCGUAACGUCAGUGUUGACACUGAUAUUAAACAGCCUUAACUUUUUUAAAACAAUAAAAAACUAAAAUAA